AUGUCUUAUUGCGGGAUUGUCGUUUUCGAUGAGAGCAAGUUUUACAAGAAAUUCUAUGUGGAGAAUAAUACCAGUAAGUCAUACCGAACUAUUUGAAGUAAUUUGAAAUCUUGUAAGUGCAGAAGUGUUCUGUUCGAUGGAAUGGUUCAAUUCGUCAAUGCCAAUGGGUUGUCAGAUACUGGAUACUGGGAUUUGGGUGAAAAAUGUUGCCGUAAGACCGAAAUUCAAGAUCUGAAACUGAACUUUGUAAGUUUCAGAACGAACACGAGCUUGACAGCCUUCAACUUGCAAUACAGACCGUCGAACUCAUGCUAGGUCCCAUCGUUUUUAUGAACACCACUGUUGAAACGAUAAACUUGAGAAAUUUGAAGAGGGUCUAUAACAUGUAUUACGGUACUUCGGGUAUUGUUUUCAAUGGCUAUUCACAAAAUGUACAGAAUCUUUCAGAAAUCGUCGGAGGAUGGGGGUCUCAAGCAAUGCGGUUCAUCAACAAUGAUUAUCUGACCGAAAUUCGCUUUCCCUUGCUUGAAAGCAUUCAACAUUUUGGAAGCGAGGCUUUUGUGAAAAUGUCCGGAAAUCCAGCUCUAAAGUGUAGUCGAGAAGUUUGCAAAGUUUUGCUGAGCCUCUAUCGCUUCGAUUUGAAUUCUUGUGAUUGCGGUAGGUACGGAACUCGGACCUCAGUGUUCAGUAGAUUUUUAGGGAUAAUUCCCAACUUCAAUACGGGUUACACGACAUUUUCGUUAAUUUUUGUGAUCGGCGAAGCGGUUAUUUGUGCCUGUGUGACCGUUGUCUUGUACGGAAAUAUUAUGAUGCACGUGCAUGCGACCGGUUUUUCGGUCAGCUAUUUCCAGUUUUCAAUGAUUGUUUAUCUGAUAUUGUCUGCUGUUGAAGCGCUUUUCAACGCUUUCAAUAACGUAAAAGUGAGCGAACGAUCAAUUUGAAAGAACUGAUCUGUAUUCAGUUCGCCGAUGGGCUCAACUACAAUUGGUUCAUUGGAUUACAGUUUUUGACCUUUUCAACUAAAGAAAGUUACUUCUUCCAAGCGGUCAACAUGAUUUAUACAAAUCGAAUUUCACUCCUUCUCUCUUGUUGCUUAUAUCGAACUAUCUCUUUUGUCAGGUAGUUUCAGGCACUCUGAAAUCCGAUAUGUUCAGAUUUCCGUUCAGCUUCGAUUAUGGAAAACUGGCAAUGGCUAUUUCAUUCCUAAUUUUCAUCGUUUCGAACGUUUGGAGUUUCAACGGCCUCUUACAGAGUGUAAGUCAGAUACUGUAGGUGUGAAAUGAGAUGGAACUUUCAGGGAAGUAAGUAUUCCUAUGGAAUAUAUCUAGUCAAUUGGGCCGCUUUGUUAGUUUCCAUUGUAACCGGCAUCUUUCUAUACUUUUAUCUUUUGAAGAACUUCAAAAACUAUCCUGAAAUUUUACGCCAUCAGAACAGAUUGUCGGUUGCUUUCCUAUUACAAGCGAGUAAAACAGAGAUGUGUAGUGAUUCCGAAAUCAGAAAUCAGUUUUGCAGGCAUUGCUCUCGUUCAUUUUUUGUGGCUUCCCAGAUGGUAUUUUUGAACAAUGGUUGUCAGAUCAGAAGAAUAUGGAACUUGUGCGUCAGAGGAGGGUGUUUGCCUAUACGGUAAGUAAUAAGGACUCGUCCAGACUCCCGAACUUUACUAAUUUCAGUACUGGAACACACUGAUCAUCCGCUGGCAUUACACCGCCUACGCGCUUGUUCUGUGGGUCUUCCUGCACGACAUGAUCUCAAAAGUGAACAUACACAUUCGAAGUACGGAAACGGUAGUCACAAGUGUCAGGUGAGAAACGUCUCCGAGAAUUGUGAUCCUGUAAUUGGGGAUUGCGAUUUGUGUACUUUGAAGUGUACUUCUAUGUACUUCUAGAAGUUUGGAACUGAAAAUUGGACUUUAAUUGCCCUGUUUCAGAUCAAUUGCUACUGCGACCACGAGACUGAAGUGACAUUCAAAGAACCACAUCAUGUUCAUCACAUUCUUUACCCGCUCUAGUCUGUCAUUUUCUUAGCCUAUCUAAAUGUUGUCUAGCUAGAAGCCUAAACAAGUAAAUUAUAUGUUUGUGAAAUGUUAGGUUUGUGUGGGAUGGUGGGAUGUGGAGAUUCUUCGUUCUUGUUGAGGUAAGUAUGAUCCGACACGUGUCCCUUUUCUUCCUUCUCUACAUAUUAACAGUUCGCAACGGUGCGUUUCUACAGAUUUUCAGAUGGAAUUCAAAUAAAUAUUACAGACGCGGUUCCUUGUGAUAUUAUCACUCCGAUUACCCAACUGCCCGAUAACUGCACUUCGAUAACUGGAGAUCUCACAAUCGACGGAAAAAACCAGACAAUGUUCAUUGCGAAUAAUUUCCAGUUUUCGGUAGCUUUAGAAUUAUUUGUGAUUUCCCACAUCACACUUGCAGAUUUUACAACAAAAACUAUCAAAAGUUGAAAGUUGGUACGGGUCCAUCAAGAUAGUGAACACUGAUUUUCAAAACUUCUCGUUUUUCCAAGCUCUGACGACUGUGAGAAACGAUUGGAUAGACAUAGUUUUCGGUAAAGUGCAUCUUUCCGCUAUUAUGGAAUCCGAAAACGUUCAGACACAGAUGCAAACUAUGCAAGUUUCUGGGUUGACUCUAAUCUUAAUCUGACGUCACUUGGCAUGCCUAAUCUCACUUCUGUUGUUGCGGACGUUCUUCCGACCGAAUUCCUAAUAUACUCGUGACUCACAGAUUAUUACAGUGUUGCGGAAAACUUUUGUUUCAGGCUCAUAUUCGAAAGGAAUACCAAUUUUUGUUUCUCAGAGAAAGAGUAUUUGAAGCUUCGAACUCUUGAGAGAACGUUCAUAGACUCAAAGAUCUGCGGGAAUACUUCUAGUAUCAACUUUUACAUUACCAACCCAAAAAAUUGAAUGUAUACUUUCAGAAAAGUACUGCCACGAUAGUUUCUUCGGUGAAUCGAACAUUCCCCUCGGUUGUCAAGUCCUCAUGACCGGAAUUUGGUUGCGAGAUGUGACUGUAUGUUUCUUUUCUCCGUUUACCCUGUUAAUCCUCCAACUAUAAUAGAAUGUUUCGAUGCAAUCCCACUUGAAUGACGCAUUCUCCACGGUUGAAGAGAUCUACGGUCCUAUUGUCAUUUUCCGAACCGAUUUUACCAACUUCUCGUUUCCUCUGUUGCAUACGAUUCGGAACCAAUACUAUAACGGGCGAGACAGUAAAACCCACAGAUACAGGUGUUGUAAAGACCCGGAACUCGUUUUAGGUUGGCAAUGGCAAGUGUUGAUAAUACGUGGCAAUUAUCUGCUCACUGAAAUCCACUUCCCAAAACUCGUCAACUUUCAUCACUACGGAACACUACCGUUUCUCACAAAUUCUGCUAAUAAGAUCUGGGAGUAUACAGAGAAAGAUUGCGACUUGUACCGGAGAAUACCAUUCUUUUCUGUGCUGGAUCCGUACAGUAACUGCGGCUUGAUUCCAAUUCUCAACAACGGAACAACAACCGCGUGGAUAUUAUUGCAAACUGCUGAAAAAGCAGCUUCAUUCUUUGUCAACCUGGUUCUGUGUGCAUAUUUAGCAGUGUUACUCUUCCAAAGCAGCAUCUCCGUGAACUUUUUCCAUUUUGCCCUCGUGAUGCUCAUUAUUCUCACAGUUACAGAAGCUCUGUACGUCAAUAUGGAUUAUGUUCAUGUAAGGGGCAAACGGGCGCAUAAUCUGACAUCAAAAUUUCAGAUUUUCAAUGACAACGGUUUUGCCAUUCCAAUGGGGAUCAGGUCUCUGUUUCUGACUCACGAUGCGACGUUUUUCAAUCAAAUCUCUAAUGUGAUGUAUGUAAAUCGACUGUCUCUGGUCAUCUCCUGCGCGGUGUAUCGUUCUCUAUACCUGGUGAAGUAAGUGCUCACAGCUCGCAAAAAACUAUCAAAAAACCAAAACUUCAGCUCAAAAUACGAAAAAUACGGACUUAUAGUCAGUUGUGCGACGUUCAUCAUAUCAAAUGUUUGGAAUCUAUCAGCAAUGAAAGACUUGGUGAUAGGAAUUGAUAAGCAGGGAAUGUUAAUCGGGUUAUAAUUGUUUAGGAAAACAAUUAUACUUAUGUCCUAUACAUGCUGAACUGGGUCACUCUGCUCAUAACACUUGCAAGCGCUGUUUUCGUCAAUGUUUUCCUUCUGAAAAUGUAUUCGAUGUAUACGGAAAUAUGUAGCAAACAAAAUCAGCUCUCAGUAUCGUUAUUUUUACAUGUAAGCAAAGUCCUUGACGUUUAUCAAAUGCGUCAGUUUAGGCUCUGUGGACCUUCUUCUUCUGCGGCUAUUCGGAGGGCCUCAAUCAGUACUUCAAAACGAAUUAUCAGUUGAUCGAAGUGGUCCGACGGUGGGAAACUUUCUUCUACUGGGUAAAAACCUUCUUCCCCUUUACUUCGAUUCCUUUUGUUUUCCAGUACGGCGGAGUGAUGAUUAGAUGGCAUUACACCGUAUUGAUUAUAAUCAUAAUGUAUGUUUACAUCUCGAAAUCUUUGAAACCCUGUAAUCCAAUACUUUGUUUGUUUUAGAGCAUUCAUGCCGAGCACAUUCGUAAAGUUCCCUCAAAAAGCGAAAAUAACGACGGUUGGCAGCAUAUCGAAAACCUGA